UGUCGUAUCGUUGAUAAAAACAAAGCAAUUAUAUCGAUAUGACAAUAAUUAACAUGACGAGCCACAAUUAGAUACAUGUAUUGAGUUCAGUUAGUUCAGUACUCAAUACGGAAGAUAAUAUCAAGCAGUAUCGGUCGUAACUUUGAUCUUAUAAUAUGUACAGCGUUCUUAUGCUAACUUUGAGCACAUUGUUGCUCGUAUUACCGCACGAAAGUAUAAGUGGAUUUUUGAAUGUGUAUCCACAAUUGAAGCAGUUUCAACUCACCGAUAAGGAGGAUGUUGGUGCACCACUUUUCUUGACGCCUUUAAUAGAAAAUGGAAAAAUUGACGAGGCGCGAACAAAGGCUCUCGUCCAACACAAAGAGAUGAGCGAUAUUAAUAGUUAUUCAGGUUAUCUCACAGUUAAUAAAACCUACAAUUCUAAUCUGUUCUUCUGGUUUUUUCCAGCCACGCACAAUCCAAAGACUGCCCCAGUAGUAUUAUGGCUGCAAGGUGGCCCAGGAGCAACUUCCAUGUUUGGUCUUUUUAUGGAAAAUGGUCCAUUUAUAGUUACUGCUAACAAAACCUUGACAAUGCGAAAAUAUUCAUGGAAUAUAGCACACAAUUUAAUAUAUAUCGAUAACCCAGUUGGUACUGGCUAUAGUUUCACUGAUGAUAAAAGAGGAUAUGUAAAGAAUGAAACACAAGUAGGAAAAGAUAUUCUAACUGCCCUGGUACAAUUUUUUUUAUUAUUCCCAGAGCUACAAAAUAAUGAUUUCUUUGUCACUGGUGAAUCAUAUGCUGGGAAAUAUGUACCAGCAGUGUCUUAUACCAUUAAAGAUUACAAUAUCAAAGCACAAACAAAAAUUAACUUAAAGGGCCUUUCCAUUGGUAACGGACUAUGUGAUCCAGAGAAUCAAUUACUAUAUAGCGAUUAUUUGUAUCAACUUGGACUGAUAGAUGAAAAUGGAAAAAAUCAAUUCAAAGUAUAUGAAAAUAAGGGUCGCGAAUUUAUCAAACAGAAGAAAUAUCUCGAAGCGUUUGAAUUAUUUGAUACACUUCUUAAUGGAGAUCUCAGUGGCAUGCCAUCUCUAUUUCACAAUCUAACUGGUUUUGAUUAUUAUUUCAACUAUUUGUUUACGAAAGAUGGCAAUGAUUCUGAUUGGAUGUCUGAAUGGAUUCAGAGAGCUGACGUUAGACGGUCUAUACACGUGGGCAAUAGCACUUUUCAUGUUGAAACUAAAACUGUCGAAGAACAUUUGAAAGAAGAUGUCAUGCAAUCCAUAGUACCUUUAUUAACGGAUCUUCUACAAUAUUAUAGAGUGCUUAUUUACAAUGGACAAUUGGAUAUUAUUGUGGCAUAUCCUCUUACGGAAAAUUACUUAAAAAGUUUACAAUGGUCCGGAGCUGACAAAUAUACCAAAGCAUCAAGAAAAAUAUGGAUGGUUGGAAACAAAGUAGCAGGCUAUACAAAAACCGUUGACAAUUUAACAGAAGUCCUUGUACGAAAUGCAGGUCAUAUGGUUCCUUCAGAUCAACCAAAAUGGGCAUUAGAUCUCAUCACACGUUUUACCCAUAAUAAAAAGUUCUAAAUGAUUAUGUGAAUUAUUAUAUUGAAUGUAUGUGAUAACACAGUUUUGAAUGUUUUAUCUUAAAAAUCUCUAAUACGUAUAUAUAUCUACAAGGGAGUUAUAAAAUACACAGAUCAAUUAUCA